UAAAAGCGUCGUCUUCGUACUCUGAUCUAAAUCGCAACCAACAACCAACAAAAUAUAAAAACUUAAAAACUAAAUAUUUCAACCAACCACAAAAAAUAAAAACUAAAGCAAAGUAUUCAAUGUUAUCUUCGUCCAUUACCACUAACAAAUUACAUCGCGACCAAAGAAAUAAAACGAAGCAUCAGGCCACGGCCACACACAAAUAACAAUAUAAAAUUGUGCUUACUGUUAAGACAAGACGCAUCCAACAUAAUUAAAUCUGUCUGAAAUAAGUGGAAAAUUAUUAUGACGGAUAUAGUUUAUCCUGCAGGAUGCAGGCCGUUGUCCGAAGACCUCGGCACUGAUGAACUUAUACGAAGGCUCAAGACACUAGCGAAUGUACUACAAGCAAUGGGACAAGAUGAUGGUUUGUAUCAACAGUACAUACCAUUAUCGCUGCAACUGGCCGACGAUCAUUUUUUACAACAUCCAUCACGGGAUGUCCAGUUAUUGGUUGCAUGUUGUAUAGCCGACGUGUUGCGCGUUUACGCUCCGGAAGCCCCUUACAAAGAUCAGGAUCAAAUCAAAACAAUUUUUCUAUUUUUUAUUAAACAACUGUAUGGUCUUAAGGACCCUAAAGACCCCUCAUUCAAGCGUUAUUUUUAUCUCUUGGAAAAUCUGGCAUACGUAAAGUCCUUUAAUAUGUGCUUUGAACUGGAGGACUGUGCGGAAAUAUUCUGCCAACUGUUCGGCAUGAUGUUUAAAAUUGUCAACGAGGAGCAUAGUACCAAAGUGAAAAACUUUAUGAUUGACAUCAUGAGUCCUUUGAUAAACGAAGCUGACAACUUUACCACAGACAUUUUGGACUUGAUUCUCAUCAACAUUGUAGAGCCAAAAAAAUCACAGAAUAAAUAUGCCUAUCAAUUGGCCGAGCAACUGAUAAUUAAGACGGCCGAUUCAUUGGAGACUAUAAUCAAAAUGUUUUUCAAUCAGGUUCUGGUCUUGGACAAGGUUGACAAAAACCAUGAGAUAUGCAACAAAAUUUACGAUUUAAUAUAUGAGUUGCAUCUGAUUUGCCCGAAUAUUUUGUGUUCGGUGUUGCCACAACUUGAAUGCAAAUUAAAAUCUUCCAAUGAGCAGGAACGUCUGAAAGCUGUGGCUCUUUUGGCUCGCAUGUUUUCAGAGAAGGAUUCUCAGAUUUCUAAGAAGCAUCCAAAUCUGUUACGCAUGUUUCUCGGACGUUUUUGUGACAUAUCAUUUUCAAUACGCGUCAAGUGUGUCCAAUCCUCAAUGCACUUUUUGCUCAAUCAACCCCACCUUCGUGAGGAUAUCAUUUCGUGCCUGCGUGCCCGCCAACAUGACUCUGAUGAAAAUGUCCGUUACGAGGUUGUAAUGGCGAUUGUAGAAACUGCAAAGCGUGAAUUUUCUAUUGUAUGCGAGUCUGAGGACCUUUUGGAUUUUGUGCGUGAACGAACAUUGGAUAAAAAAUUUAAAAUACGCAAGGAAGCUAUGCUGGGACUUGCCUACAUUUACAAAAAGGCAAUAUGCGAGCCCAAUGAUCUGUCAGCGGAUGUAAAGAAGAAUGUGGAGUGGAUCAAAAACAAAAUAAUGCAUGGCUAUUACAUGCCCACUCUGGAGGAUCGCCUUCAGGUGGAGCGUUUGUUGAUCACAUCGUUGGUGCCCUACAAAUUAGCGUCGUUGGAAAGAAUGAAGCAACUAUAUCACCUAAUGGGCACAUUUGACGAUAAUGCCAUGAAAGCUUUUAUCGAGCUGCAAAAGAAUCAAAUGAAGACUCGAAAAACGGUCUUGGAGUGGGUGAAAUUACACAAAACUAAAGAUAUGACACCAUCAAUGCAGAGCCAAUUGAAUAUAAAACAGACAAUCAUAAGCAAACUUUUGGCUGAUCCCUUGAAGGCAUCAGAAUUUCUGGGCAAAUUUAGCACAAACAUGCGAAAAGAUCCUGCUUUAUUGCGCUACAUGGAAAUAAUAUUGAAGCGAGAUGUCUCAUGCAAGGAAUGUGCCGAUACCAUGUCAUUACUUUUGAAGAAACUCGGUACUCCCAUUAUGACAAAUCUGUAUUAUCAGACAGUUAAAAUGUUAAUAGAGCGCAUAGCCUCUGUAAUGAUCGAUAAGGAAGCUAUUUCUAUUUUGAUUGGAUUAAUUGAGGAUUGUAUGCGAGGUGGGGAUACAAUCAAAGAAAUUGGUCUACCACAAAGUGAAGCUGGUGAACAAGGCCUAAAAUUACUGACGGCAUUGUCGUAUUUAUUCUCACCUCACUUUUUCAUGGACAAAACCUUGCGUCAUAUGAUCUCUUUAUUGAGCUAUGACAAUGAUUAUUCGGCACCAUUGAUUUUGAAAUCGCUUACACAUUUGGGGCGUUACAAGCCCCUGAUUUCUGUAGAUCCAUCAAUUCUGGAGGAAUUAGCACCAGUUUGCAAAGAUUUUGCCGUGGAGGGAACACCGAAACAAGCCAAGCAUGCCGUUCGUUGUAUAUUUGUCAACACACAGGCCCAAUUAAAUGGGGGAACUGAACAUGUGGAUACGCUGAAAACAGUGCAUCCCAUAUUUAACGAGAUCAUGGAUAAUUUACGCGUUACGCUCAAACCCCUCAGUCCACAUCAAAGGACCAAAGUUGUCACUAUGGGCCACAUUGCCUAUAAUAUGCCCAAAGCUUUUGCAGAGAAGAUUAAAAACAUGAUAGCUCGGCGCAUUGUUAAAGAAUUGUUAAUACAGCCUGUACCUGAAGAUAGGACUUGUAAACGCAUUGACGGCGAUUGGUGUGAACAGGAAGAACUGCCGUCGGAUACUCUAUGCAAAUUAGAGGGUUUAAAAACAAUGGCACGUUGGCUGCUAGGCCUUAGGGAUGACGAAGCUUCCGCCAAGAAAACCUUCCGUAUGCUUAUUGCCUUCAUACAUCAUGGUGGGGAUUUGCUAGACCACAAACGUAUGUUUGCAGCCGAAUCAUCGUGGUUCCGGGUAGCUGCGGCCUGUGCUAUGUUAAAAAUUUGCGAACAAAAAGGCGUUGGCGAUCAGUAUACCUCUGAGCAGUAUUACAGUUUAUCACAAUUAAUGUGUGAUCCAGUGCCACAGGUUAGAGAAAUGUUUGCCCGCAAACUACAUAAAGGAUUGAAUAAAGGUCUGCCUAGUAACUGUUUACCCUUGGACUUCAUGGGAUUCUAUGCUCUAGCUGGUCAUGAAACGGAUAAAAAGCUUUUGGAGCUAAAGCGUCAAUUUUUGGAAGCUGAUAUAAACAAAAGACGGGAAUAUCUCAAAACAAUACAGGCAACAAAUCCAGAUACUUCUGCCGAACAACGUUUACAUAUUUUACCUGAUUUUAUAUUGGCUUUUGCUAUACCCAUAUUGGUACAUGACCCUCAGUUUGUGGAUUACGAAGAUCGUGUACAAUUAAAACAAGUCGAGAAAUGUUUGCGAUUUAUACUGGAGCCGUUAAUGGCCAAAUCGGAGGCGUUUUCAUACAGUUUCUAUAAAAACCUUAUUGAAAUGAUGAAAGACCAUUAUGUAGUGACGCCUCAUGAAAACAGUUAUGCCUAUAAUUUGAAAAUGUGGGCAUGUUGUGAUCUCGCAAAUUACAUAAUUUGUUCCAAAACGGGACAAUGUGAUUUAACGCCAAACAAAACAUUCAAUGUACCAAUUACAUUACCACCUCUAUAUUUCCAAGAGCCUCCACCGGAUGCCGAAGGUUUUCCAAAUACUAAAAUUUAUAUACCUUUUGAUACGUAUUCGAUAAUAACUACCUUAGGGACUAACAAGAAAAUAACAAAUGCCUUGAAACCGACCACAAGUGGCCAGUCAACAUUAAAAAGCGCAGAAAAACGUCCAGCCUCAGAUCACUUAUCAUCUAUAGAUCAAAAUUCUUUGGAAAAUGCAUCACUAUUUGAUGGUGUCAAGGAUGAGCCAUCUGAACCAGUAACCAAAAAGGUACGAGGUGUUAUGCGUACCGGGAAGACGUAAACAUUUUCCAAUUACAUAUUGAUAAGCUAGCACCAUAACGUUCUCGGUACAUAGUUCGAUCCGCAAAUGUUACCAGAACAUCUAUUUUGUAAGAAAAAAUUUGUUUUGUUUAUAUUUUACACAAAGUGUCGUAUCCGGGUUGGAUGAAUGAUAAAUAAUGAUGCCUUUAUCCGUGGUCUAAUAUAAUUUACAGACAUUUCUACUGCUACAUAAUUGUUUAUGGCGAUGUUUUGUAUGAAGCCUCGCGCUCUCUUGCUAACAACAAUUAAAACAAUCUUGUUAUAUAAUGUUAACACAAUAUUUAAAUCGGGGAAAAGACUCAGUUCUGUUCUACACUUCGUUUCGAAUUCUUUACCAUUUUGCGGUUUAUAUCAUUUAUUUAUUUUUGUGUUUCCAGCUAUGUUCGUUUCUUUUUUUAUUACGUCCAUUCUCUAUGUUGGAAAACUAUACGUAUCAUUUUUGUAGUGCUUUACAAAGCAUUACGUGAAUCGGAAAUAAAAGAAGGAAUUACUUUUUAAUCCCUUGCAUGUUCCUUUUGUCUUCUGAGCUAAGUUUCUCUUCUUCAAGUUAGAGGUGGGUGGUGUUCUCUAUAACGUUUUGCAUGAGGAAACUCACAUUGAAAUCCAUACUUUAAUCAGCCACCCAUUUAAAAUGUAGAUUUAAGUUGCAUACAAUAAACACAUCUAAGAAAACAUAAAAAGUACUAUUAGGAACUAACUCUAAGACCAAUCCACAAAACAUCUCUGAUCUGUAUGUACAUACAUAUAAAACAAACAAAUCUAUUGUUUUUCAAUACUAAAGAAAUAAAGAAAAAUAGAAAAACUUUGAA